ACACAGCUCCACUCCCCCGUCUCCCUCCCUCUCUCUCUCUCUCACUCUCAAACCUUGUCCUCACUUCGCAACUUUCUCUUCAACACGUAUUACUACUUUCCCACCCACCUUCUCUUCUUUGGAGACUCCGCCGUUAACGCCUCCGUCUCUCAUACUUUAUAUCAAUAACCCAGAACAUUAUUAGUCCUCUAUUAUUCAUGCGUCGCAUUCUCCGUCACAUAUAGCGAUAAUGAACGGCGCCUCUCCUACUCCCUCUGCUCUAUAUAAGAGACCAGUCAACGGCCAUCAUAACCCCGUUAACGGCAACCACGAGUCUGCUAACGGCGUCGAAAUCGGAAAGAAGGUUGGAAAGACGGCGUCUUUCUUGCAAUGGACGGCGGAUGAUGUGUUUAAUGUGUUCAGGUAUCAUUGGAUUCCGUGCAUCUUCGGCGUGGGAUUGUUGUUUUUUAUGGGCGUGGAGUACACGCUCCGGAUGGUACCCGCUUCAUCUCCGCCGUUCGAUGUUGGGUUUGUGGCCACGCGCUCUUUUCAUCGUUUGCUCACUGAAUGGCCGGAGCUCAACACUCUUCUUGCAGCUCUGAAUACGGUGUUUGUGGGGAUGCAGACAACAUACAUAUUAUGGACCUGGCUAAUGGAGGGAAGGCCAAGAGCUACAAUAUCGGCUUUAUUCAUGUUCACUUGUCGUGGAGUUCUCGGUUACUCCACACAGCUACCUUUGCCCCAGGGCUUUUUAGGAUCAGGAGUGGAUUUUCCGGUAGGGAAUGUGUCAUUCUUCCUGUUCUAUUCGGGGCAUGUAGCAGGGUCUGUGAUUGCUUCUUUAGACAUGAGAAGAAUGCAGAGGUGGGAAUUGGCAUGGACUUUUGAUGUUCUGAAUGUUCUACAAGUUGUAAGGCUGCUGGGUACUAGAGGUCACUAUACAAUCGACUUGGGUGUUGGUGUUGGUGCUGGAAUUCUCUUUGAUUCUCUUGCUGGAAAGUAUUUAGAGAGCAGCAGAAGAAAUUCAGCAGCCUUUGCUAAUGGUUCUCCCAAAGAAGCUUUUCUCAGCAAUAGCAAAGGUUGACACCACAUGUUGCUAGACAAGUUCUUGGUGUUUUGACCUCUAGACACUUGUUCCAAAUGUCAAAAUGUGUUGAAGUGCUUUAUGCAUGUAUGUUGUUCAAGGAACUAGACAAUGUACAAGUUCUGUGUUCUGUGUUGUUGUUGUUGUUGUUCGUCUUUUGCUUUCUUUGUUAAUAUAUCCUCCUCCUCCUCUGUUCAAAAGUUCA